AUGCUGAGAGACUCCUACGCGACGAUAGUGCGAUACCCCAACCGGCGCAAGAUCCCGGUGCGGGUGUUGCAGAUGAACGGCACCGUGUUCCACGAAAAUCUUAUUGAGGACUUCUUCAUUGGAUAUCGCAACCGCCGCUUGGCGCUCAUGACGCACACACCCGGCCAAGACCCGAGGCUUCCUCGACUGCCGAAGGACAUUAUCGUCCCCAACUACAAAACGUUCUUGCAGAUUCACCAGCCGCAUUUCAUGUACCGGCUCUUGCCUCUGCUGAGCUCGGAUGUGGAGGCCUUUGCAGCGAUGCAGGCAAUCUGCUCCAGUCCGGGAUCCCCAUUCACGAUUGAGGACCGCCUCGAAUCGCAGCUGCUUAACUACCGCUUGUCCAAAUUGUGCGCCGGCCGUGACAAGAUCUGCGAGUUCUUCAAGGACUACACAACUCAAGAGGAGCUGCGGAUGCCCACUGCGACGCGUGCGUUGCCGAUCCAGGGAAUCUUCUUCCAGGGGCUCAUGUUGCACGAUGGGUGUGUGGCGACAACGCCGCAUACAAGGGGGCUCACACCGGGUGCAACCGCAGAAGCGGCAGCGGCAUCGCUCUCGACAAGAACUGGCGACAGCGGAAGAAAACCGUCGGCAGCCACCCGCCUAAUCGACGAUGGAGCGGUCGUUGGGGGAGGCACGAAUGGGGGCCUCGAUGGGGAUAUGCAGACUUCCUACAAAAAGCGAGUCAAGGCAUCUAUCGCGGCCCUCCUCACCACUCAUGACGUACUCAGCGAAACAAUCAUCACUCAACGGGCCCUCAUGGCGAAGUUCUUUGAAUCCGAUUUGUACAACCAAUUCGGAACGGCGUCGGCGGUCGCCCUGAAGGUGCGCUCAGUGGAUGAACGAAUGCACUUCAUGGCCGUCAAGCGACUUUGCGUGAGGCGGACGAACACGGCAGAGGACGUGCGAAUUCGUGCGCAUCUCCUCGGACUCGCACGGAAGCACAAUCUACAUGUGUACGAAAGGAUUAGCGAAGGCGAAUACGCUUACGCAGCAGCGUGA